CACCAUCCCACCCAUCAACCUUUAGGAACAAUGAACGCGCACUGCUCACCACAACGCCUGAAACAAUCUCUUGAAGAACAGCCCCUUCAUAGCCAUCGUGACCGACUGUAGAUCAUCCCCAGGAUACAAGCCUGAGCAAUGUCACAGAAAAGCGGCAAAGCAGCCGCCGCCAAGGGCAAAAAGCCCUCUGGAAAGGCUGGCAAUGAUGAGCAGCGCGAGGAUGUCCUCCAGGCAGUCAUACUGGCAGACUACUUUCAGGACCGCUUCGUGCCCUUUAGCCUCGAGAAACCAAGAUGUCUGCUACCUCUGGCCAAUACGCCUCUGAUCGAGUAUACUCUCGAGUUCCUUGAUAUGAACGGGGUUCAGGAGGUCAUCAUCUACACAGGGGCCCACACCGAUCAAAUCGAGAGCUACAUCAACGAUCACCCGCGCUGGAGCCCUACCAGCAAGAUCAACCCUUUCACCUCUGUCGACUUCAUCCGGGUCUCCGACGCAAGCUCGGUCGGCGACUUCCUGCGCGACCUGGAUGGAAGAGGACUGAUCUCGGGAGAUUUUAUACUUGUCCACGGCGACUGCGUGGCAAACAUACAGUUGGAAACUGCCCUGGCAAAGCACAAGGCAAGGCGCGAGGCCAACAGGGAGGCCGUCAUGACUGUCGUGCUGAGGUCGGGCGGUCUGAGCGAGCACAGGACAAAGUCAAAGGGAAUAACACCAAUCUUCGCCAUGGACUCGACAUCAGGAAGAUGUCUGCAUUAUGAAGAGAUGAACCCUCUGCAGAGCGACCACUACGCCGUCCUGGACCCCAUGAUCUUCGAACAAGAGGCUGUAGAGAUUCGAACAGACCUGAUCGACCCAGGUAUCGACAUUUGCACGCCGGACGUGCUGGCGUUGUGGUCAGAGAGCUUCGACUACGAGCUGCCCAGGAAGAACUUCCUGCAUGGUGUCCUCAAGGACUGGGAGCUGAACGGCAAGUUCAUCUACACCGAGAUUGUCGACCAGGGCUAUGCAGCACGUGCGAGCAACCUGCAGAUGUACGACUCUAUAACUCGAGACGUGCUCGGCCGGUGGACCUAUCCACUUGUUCCCGACUCGAAUCUGGUCUCUGGCCAAUCAUACGUCAUGUACAAGGGGAAUGUCUUGCGAGAAAAGGGCGUUAUGUUCGAGUCGGAUGCAGAUAUCUCAAAGUCGGUCUUUGGGUCCAGAACCAUUGUCGGCAGCGGCACAAGCAUAAAGAACAGCGUCAUCGGAAGACGGUGCUUCAUCGGACAGAAUGUGACGAUUGAGGACAGCUACAUCUGGGACGACGUCACAAUCGAGGAUGGAACCACAGUCACGCGCUCCAUACUUGGCACCUCUGCAACUGUGGGCAAGGACUGCACCAUCGGCGCCGGCUCACUUAUCUCCUUCGACGUGACCAUCAGCAACAACAUCUCCAUCCCACCAUCCACAGUACUCUCCGUGCUAGCACACGACCGAACCUCAGUCAAGACCGACCUCAAGCUUCUCGGGCCAAAGGGCAAGGGUGCCGUCUACGACUACGAGGAGGAUGAUGAGGAGAUUGACCCUACCGACCCGACCCAGCUUCAAAAAUCGCUCAUCUACUCGGUCGCAAAUUUCAACAUCUCCACCUCCUCCGUGUCCACGCUCUCCUCAGAGGUCGAGACUGAGUCAGAAGACGACGAGGCUGGAGAGCUCUUCAAUCAGACAGCCCGAUCCCGCCUCUCAUCCUUUGCCUCGGACGACUCUGGUUCUGGCAUCAACAAGGCCGCAUUUCACAAGGAAGCCGUCCACGGGCUGCUGGACGCACUACGCGGUGAAGCCGACGAUUUCGAGGGCGCGAAGCUCGAGUUCAUGGGCCUGCGACUGGGCCAGGACGCCUCUGACGCCUCUGUCCGGCGGGCCGUAGCGGCGGCGUUCGUGCGGCGGGCAGUGGAGCUUCUCUCCCCUGGAGAAGGCGGACCGCUGGAGCCUGCAAAGGCAGCAGAGCAGGCCGUCGCCGCUAAGAUAGGCGCGGCCAAAUUCCUGCGGGAGGUGGGCGUCGGCAGCGGCAGCGUGGCGGAGCAGGUCGAGUUCAUCAUGGCCGUGCAGAAGAGCCUGGUGUCGCACGCCGACGAGGUCGAGACCGCGCGGCUGGGUACCCUGCUCGCGGCGAUGCUACAGCGCAUGUACAACGGUGAUGUCGUAGAAGAGGAUGGCAUCCUGGCAUGGUGGGGAGACAAGCGCGCUGCGGAGGGCGAGACCAUGAGUGGUGUCCGAGCUCGGUGCAAGGUCCUUGUAGACUGGCUGGAGGAGAGCAGCGAGGAGGAAGGGGAUGACGACGAUGAAGACGAUGACAGUGACUAGGAGAAUCUGCCGGCACCUCAGAUUCGUCGGCAGUGGAACUAGUUCGGGGAAUACAUCCUCUUAUACUUUGCAUGAUGGGAUGAUUUAUGCACUGUUAUCUGAGGAUACGCACGGCCUGUGUGUGCGUGCUGAGAUGGUUUCAAGUCAUCAAUCGGCUCGACUACUCUCUCUUUAUUACUAUACCGCAAUUAAAACACACGAGUCCC